AUGAAGUUCGCCGAGCAUCUUGGCGCUCAUAUAACUCCAGAAUGGCGAAAACAAUAUAUACAGUACGAGGUGAUGAAGACUAUGUUAUAUGAAGCACAAGAACAAGCUCCAUCACCAGAAGUAACUGAUAACAGCACGAUUCAGAGAUUUUUUGCUCGUUUUGAUGAAAAGUUUUUUCAGUUCUGUGAUGCUGAAUUAAGCAAAAUCAACACAUUCUUUUUAGAAAAGUUAUCAGAAGCCAAUCGGAAAUAUGCCAACCUCAAAGCAGAACUCAACGUUUAUAUGGAA